CGUCAGCGCCAUCUUGUAAACACGUCAACAAUUUUCUGUGACUAUACCUUUGUAGACAGUAUGUUAGAAAGGUGAAACAACAAGUGUUAUUAGUGUUUAUUUACACACCGGACUACUUUUUAGCUUCAAAGUAUCUCAUGAACACUGGAGGGAAGUUAGAUAACAGACUUCCCGCUUGUUCCGACUGUCAGGGGUCCCACUUAUUAUCAAUCCAGAUAGUCCUCAGUUUAAGGACCCUUCUGUUGCCUCCAGGGUACUCGUGCAUACCUCCAGUUCCCUGGUACACUCUCCGAGCUGGGGCACAGUAAGUGAGUAGCCCUAUAUAAUACAGCUCCAGCAGAAACCAUUCAUUCCUCCUCGAACUCGCCUCCCGGACACCUGUGCAUCAUAAAGAUAAAGAGUAAAUACAUCCAUCACUAUGAAAGUAAUCUUACCUUUCGUGACCUUGACACUGGCGGGUCUGGUAGCAGCAGAUGUCGUCAAACGGUCAGACGAUGUCAGUCCACUACAAGUUGUGGUCAACAAUCUCUCGCAGGAUGUCACAACAUUACUGGCAAGAAUCACAGCACUAGAAAAUUCUAUAGAACGGAAGGCGUCGUUUCUCGGUCAGCUGCCCACAACCACUGACGGACGGACCAACGUGCCAAAUCAGGUUCCCAUCCAUUUCUCUGAAGUCUUUGACCUCGGAGAUGGCUUUAACCCCGUGACAGGAGUGUACACAGCCAAGUACUCGGGAGUCUAUGUCAUCAACUUCCAGAUGUACCCAGACUUCACUAACGAGGACUUUCAGGUUGACCUGAAGAUGAAUGGCAACCUUCUGGUGAGAUCCCGCACCACCGAGGUCACAACCUACGCAGCCUCCGUGUCGUCAGGCGUGUCCGUGCGUGUCCGGGCCGGCGAUCAACUCUGGGUGGAGACCUCCAGGGAGGGCAUUUACUGGGGUAGUGUUCAUUCCUUCCUCUCCAUCACUCUGGUUACUCCUGAGGCUUAAGGACGCCAUGGUCUUCAGGUAAAUAUUUCAAUGGACGGAAAUGCAGAGAUGGGGUGCAAGCCGGUAACAAGUUAAAAUGAUAUCCACCUCGUUGUCUUUCUUUUGAUUUAUCGAGUAUAAACUUU